UGCGUGUGUCUCGCGGUCAGAUCGCGUUGCUUUGCGCGGCGCGAGGUGAUGCACACAGCUGAGCGCGGGGACUCGCGCGCGCACGCCAACCGAAGCUGUCCGUGGCGCUGAAGGCGGCUGAGAGAGAGAGAGAGAGAGAAGGAGAAAGAGCGCGCGCGCGACGAAGCUGCGAGGAGCAUGGCCGCCGGGAAGCUGCUGCUGUACGCCGGUCUCUCGCUGUCCCUGUGCGCGCUAGGCAUGCUGGCGGUGGCCGUGUGCUCCGACCACUGGUACGAGACGGACGCCAGGCGCUACCGCGAGCGGUGCCGAAGCUUCUCGAGCCGCCGCAAGGACCCGGGUUUCAUCUACAUCCCCAACAACAGCCUGCCGCUGCGCGCCAGCCGAUCGCGCCUCGACCGCUGGGAAGGAAAGCUGCUCGUGACGCGCAACCGACGGCAGCUUUUCGCCAUGAGCGCCGCCGACGAGUGCAGCCGCCAGUAUAACUCCACCAACAUGGGCCUGUGGAGCAAAUGCCACCGCCUCGGGUUCGACCAGGACAUAGAGGACCUCAUCCGGAAAGGUUCCAUUGCACGAUGCUCCUAUAUCAAGUACCACUAUUCCUCAGCCACGAUACCCAAAAAUCUGUCCUACAACAUCACCAAGACCAUACGGCAGGACGAGUGGCACUCCUUACACCUGCGCAGGAUGACAGCGGGCUUCAUGGGCAUGGCCGUAGCCAUCAUCCUAUUUGGCUGGAUCAUUGGCAUGCUCGGCUGCUGCUGGGACCGAGGCCUGAUGCAGUAUGUGGCGGGUCUGCUCUUCCUCAUGGGUGGCACGUUCUGCAUCAUCUCGCUGUGCACCUGUGUAGCAGGAAUCAAUUUUGAGCUUUCCCGCUAUCCGCGCUACCUGUACGGCCUCCCAGACGACAUCAGCCACGGUUACGGCUGGUCCAUGUUCUGCGCCUGGGGUGGCCUGGGCCUGUCGCUCAUCGCCGGCUUCUUCUGCACGCUGGCUCCCUCCGUUCAGCCGAUCCCACGCUCCACCUGCCUCAAAUCCCGGCAAGAAAACGGCACAGUGUGUUAAGCGGAGGCGUCCGACAAAACAGCAUCAUGCUGAGUGAAAAACAUAUAAACAGAACUGAUUAUCAAAACCAUACGUUUGUUCCAGAAUCAUUUCUGACCUCACCAAUCAGACGCCAUUUUCGUGUGACUUUGCAAAUGAUAUCCUGAUCGUUCCAUGAUGAAAUCAAAAAAUCAAAAAAUAAAUAAAAAAUACCCAAAUGGAGACACUACACAAGAACACUUUACUUUCAGGAUUAUAACUCUAUCCGUUUAAGAACCAAGGUGGCAUGAAACGGCGACUAACGGGGACUUGUACAUCAGUAUGUGAAAAUACAACAGCAUGAAACUUGAAAGGUGUGUAAGAGUUUCUAGCUGUUCUUCGUUGUCUCUUUAUUGCUAAAUUGGUGCUUUUGGGGUUGAAAAAAAGAAAUCCCAAUAUAGUAUAUGUGUUUUGUGUUUGAAGAGAUACUGAACUGGGGACAGUGCCAAUCUUUGUGUAAGGAUUGUAACAGAAUGCAAACGACAGUAUAGUGGACUGGAGCAGCAUCAGAUACCGGACACGACCACAAGCCCUUCAGUCUGGAGACAAACAACCAGUACUGUAGGAGAACACUUUGAGGAAUGGGACAUAUCUGCUGGAGCCAGUAUCUCUCUACUGCGAUAUUGCAAAUUGUAAAGAAUAUUCCAAAACAAAUCAUUUACCCUGAAGAGGGGUUUUGGAGAAUUUCAUUCCUUCAAUCCUCCAUCAGGAUCAUUUCAAAGUUUCUAACAUAAUACUCCACGUUUUUUUUUUUUUGGUUUUUGGUCUUUUUUUUCUUUCAUCCACACAUACCAUGAACGGGUGUGAGUGUGUGGUGGGUGUCUGUCCUCCAUUUUGUGUGUUCUUAACAAUAAAUGUCUGUGUGGUGGAGAGGGGUUUUAGAUUCUGUAGAAGUAAGGACUGGGGGAACAACAGUGUCAGGAAAGAGAAAGAAAAUGCCAGAAACUUUAAGAGUAGUAGGUUAGUUCUUUGAUAAAUAAAUAAAAAGAAUUAAAAAGGAAUGAUGCCAUAUCUCGUUUGAAAAGAAGAAAGCACAGGUUUUUUUUCCUAGAGACAAAGAUGUCUCAGCAUCAUAAUAGCUGUCUGGGAGAUGGCACUUAUUCCAUUUGAUAGAAUGAAGCCCUCAUUUAAAGUUAGAUUCCGGUUAUUGUGAUGCCCCAAUUUAAACAGGCUCAUUAAAAGGACACAGUGUUUGCAUGCUUCUUAAUUACCAGAGACAUUAGUGACAAAGAAAUCAUGGCAUCUCCGCCAAAUAGAGGACGAGAGUGGCCAUUAAAUAAAGCACACGCUUAAUGCGACCUAUAAAGCCUGAACACUAUUGGACCCCUUCAAUCCCAGAUCAAGCCGUGAUACUCACACUCAUCCGCCUGCUUCACAUUCAAUUUCAUUCCCCUCACUAUCCAUUAUUAAUGUCCUGAGAGAACCAUGAAGAGUAUCUAAAAAGCUCACUGAGACAAGGUGUCCUCAAUCUCAGCCUGGCCAAACUGUAUUUCGGGAAGGCUUUGCCACUGUUUGUGGAGUCUCCCAUGUCUGAAAUGCUGGGUCAUUUUCUAUCUGUCAAUAAGUAUAGGUCUAACGCAGACCUGCCAACCCUAGAGAAGAGGAAAAUGUGGUUGCACAGCUUUGGGGAGCAACAAUGCCCUAAACACUACAAAAACAUAAUUCCUUAAAAAACAGCCUUUUACAAAUAUAAUGAGAUUUGUAGAAAUGCUUCCACGCAACAUAUUUAGAGUCAUAUAUAGUACGUACUGUAUAUACACACUUUAGGAAAAGAAAAGCUUGUAAAGUAUUUAAUAUAAAUCUAUCUAUAAACCGCCCCUUUACACACACACACACACUCCUCCUCUCGCCUUCACACACUUCCUUCCUUCGUCCUCCUCCCGCCUUCACACACACACACACACACACACUGCUUUACACAGAAACACUGCCCUGUCACGAUUCUUUUUAAAGGUAAAGUGCAGGUUAAUUUAUUUGUUUUUUACUUUUACCUUACAGCAGUGAUUCCGUUAGCGUACGCUUACACGAGAGUUGUUAGCGAUGUUCCGUGCUAAUUUUCCCCAAAAAAUUUUUAAAGGAAAAGCUUCUAUUAUUUCUUAUGGGGAAAUUCGCUUUGUUUUACAAGUGUUUCCAAAUACGAGCCCGCUUCCAGAACAAAUGUGCUCGUAAUCCAAGGUUCUACUGUAUAUAAA